CUGCCACUCAAAUUAUCUGAAACAACUUCGGAUUGGCAUUGUAGAAAGUAAGUUUGCGUUUAGGGGUUAAAUUUGUCUGUUAAAAAAAAGAACACCUCCAAAAGAUUAUUUUGGUAGAUUAGGAAAUGGCUCUAAAUCCACAAUAUGAAGCGAUAGGAAAAGGAUUUGUACAACAAUAUUAUGCAUUAUUUGAUGACCCAACUCAAAGGCCUAAUUUGGUUAACAUGUAUAAUGUGGAACUAUCGUUUAUGACCUUUGAAGGUGUUCAGCUACAAGGAUCUGUGAAAAUUAUGGAAAAAUUAAAUUCUCUAUCAUUUCAAAAAAUAAAUAGGAUAAUAACUGCAGUAGACUCUCAACCGAUGUUUGAUGGUGGUGUUUUAAUAAACGUAUUGGGAAGGCUGCAGACAGAUGAAGAUUUGCCCCACGCUUAUGUGCAAACAUUUGUACUGAAACCAAUAGAGGGAAGUUUUUUCGUACAACAUGAUAUAUUCCGUCUUGUCCUUCAUGAUACGGCAGAUGAAGAUCCCCCACAUGCAUUUUCCCAGAUAUUUGUUUUAAAACCUUUAGGAAACUCAUUUUUCGUUCAACAUGAUAUUUUCAGAUUGGGAAUUCAUGAUAUAGCAUAAGUCAUAUAUUGAAUUUUUAUAUUGUAUUUCUUGCAAAAUUAUUCUUAAAAGCUACACUACACAUAUACUACUUUCCUUUAAUGCUUGUAAUCAUUCAUAAUUAAUUA